UCCCACGUGGUUCUCCAAAGGCGGUCUAGGGGGUGGGUAACAUGGAAGGGUAAUUUGAGGUAGGAACCAUUCCUUCUAUUAGAGCCUUGCAUCGAUUCCUAGUCAUACUACUCACAUAAAGCAAGAAGCUGGUUUCAGAGGAAGAACUCCAGGUGGAGAGUGCUACAUCUUGGGUGGCACAUAUCUUCGGGAGUUGUUGAGGCAAAUCAGAGUGGGCCAGGGAGGUCUGAGGAAGUUAUACGGGAGGUGACAUGAAUAGCAAUGAAGGCACAGGUGACUCUAGGCCAUAGGAUCAUGACUGAAAGACGUGAGUGCAGCUUGUCAAGGGAGACAGCAGAUGCUCUGGCUACAGAAGGCUGGAGACCAAGCAGGGCGGUGGCCUAGAACGCUCUUCGAAGCAUUAUUUCCUCCUUGCCGCAAGAGGGCGCUGCAUCCGAGGCGCGUAGAGGAAGAAGUAGAGCGAGUCCACGUUGGCCCCGACGCCUGCGUACAGACAACUCAGCCGGCUUUGGCUCCCCACUUUCUCCAGAGGCACGGAUUGGACCACGGACGGAGCGUGAUGGUGGUCGGUACCGGAACCUCCUUGGCGCUGUCGUCCCUCCUGUCCCUGCUGCUCUUCGCUGGCAUGCAGAUAUACAGCCGCCAGCUGGCCUCCACCGAGUGGCUCACCAUCCAGGGGGGGCUGCUGGGCUCCGGGCUUUUCGUCUUCUCCCUGACUGCCUUCAAUAAUCUGGAGAAUCUGGUCUUUGGUAAAGGCUUCCAAGCAAAAAUCUUCCCUGAGAUUCUCCUCUGCUUGCUGUUGGCACUCUUCGCAUCGGGCCUCAUCCAUCGAGUCUGUGUCACCACUUGCUUCAUCUUCUCCAUGGUUGGUCUGUACUACAUCAACAAGAUAUCUUCCACUCUGUACCAGGCAACAGCUCCUGUCCUCACACCGGCCAAGGUCACCGGCAAGGGCAAGAAGAGAAACUAACUGUGAAUGAGUAAUAAAGCUGCUUCUUUGUAGCUGUGUCCGUGAGCCAUGAUAGUAGACCUCGUCUGCCAGUGCCUGAGCUGGGCUGCAUCCUCCAUUGUGGGAGAAGAAUGCAGAAAUGAUCAGGGGUCCUAACCUAUGGGGAGAGAGGUUAAAGAGUAGAUAAUACAGGAGGGCCUGCCUUUCAGAACCAGAGGAGGUUUAAAGUAUUAUUAACUGGUCUUCGUGUGUGUGUGUAGUGUGUGUGUGUACACAUAUGUGGGUGGGGAUGCACAUUGUGCAGGUGCUACAGGAGGGUGACAGGUGUCCUUUAUCGUUCUUCAAAACCAGAGAAGAUCUUGCAAUGGAGGUGGACCCUUAACUCCUAGUCUGUGUGGUUCUGCAUGGCACUGUUGCUCCAGCUUCCCGUCCUGAGAAAUAAACUUUUGUCCUUACCUUGA